AUACAGUGUUAAUAUUACUUGCCGAUAUUAAUUAUUUUUUUAACAGUUGUAUUUAUAUCUUGUACAUUUAUGCAUUAAGUUUUUAAUUAAAGGCUCGAAUUUUCCAUAAAAAAUUGAGAAUUGAUUUGUUAUAUGAAAAAUUUAAAUAUCAAAUUUAAUGAAAACGAUGUUAAUACUUUCAAGAUCCAGUUCGCCGUUCGUUUCGAAAAAUCAAGAAGAUAUAGCAAGGAAUAAUCAUACACACCAAUUUCGCUUGCUUUGUCUUGCUUCGUUGUCCUGACAACGUUGCGGCUGCGAUCGAAACGCUUCUUAUCAGCGUUACUUGUGGAACACUUCUUCCGUUGCUUUUUAUCAGCUUCAUUUUCAUAUUUCUUUUGCCAAAUCGGCAUGGCCAAGUUUGUGAGUACUUAUCAGAAGCCUCUACCUCAUAUCAGUUUGCCGGAUUGGUACGCUAAGCAAUGGAUGCUGCGACGAAGCGCGGACAUCAGACGAGUCGAGGCCUGUCAACUACGGAAUUCAGGCAAAAGUAUACGUUCCGAGAGGGAUGUCACAACAAAAUGGGACACUUAUAGAAAUAAUGCUCGAUUAAUAGACAGAGUGACAGAAUCAUCGAGAUGGAAGGAUACGCUGACGGACUUGUUGCAAAAAUUAUUAAUCGAGAUAUGCAUGCUAAGAGAUGAGAAGGCCGAUACAGAGAAAGAAAUUGAAAACAUAGACCUUCCUUUGCGAAUUAUCAGCGAGUGCAUUUCGAUAAGGAACUGCCGUAGAGGAACCGAACUCACGUAUGACGAGGCUGAUGUCGAGCUGAAGAAGGAACUCUGCGCGAUCGCAAAUGUUAAAGAAUCGUUCACCAACAAAGCACAGGCCGCAUGGGAAAAGUUAAAUCACUUGGAGGACGUGAAAUUUAAGCUGAGCACGGAUAUAGAAGAUAAAAAUGAAACUAUUAGAAUAGACAGGGAAAAUCUCGAAAUGAAUGACACUUGUGUAAACAUGAGCUACAAGCCGAGAACGUUAACUACCGAAAAAACGGAUUCUAUUACGUACGAGACAUGGUUGGACCGAUGUCAACGUUUACAAAUGUUAGCCGACAAGGAACUGAGUGAUAGUUACACUUUUCGCGAAGCUAUGCGCGUAAUGAAGGAAUGUGCGCGAAAUGAUAUCAAAGCUCAACAAGAUGCGACGGAUUACACUUUGAGAAAGAGGAUUUAUCAAACCCAAAAAGCCAGAAAUGAGAUGGAAUGGCAGAAGCUCAAGGUACAGAAGGAAAUGGAAAUGUUAGGAAAAGAAAUAACCGAGUUGGAAAAAUCAUUGAUGAAUAAAACAAAGGUGGUAAAACGCGUCGAAACGCGAUUAGAAAAUCGCGCGUUUCGACUUGGCUCAGAGCUUUGUACGGAUGAAGUUGAAUUAGGAUUGAAAAACGAAGUUCUGCAAUUAAAACAGACUAAGGAAGAUUUGAUUCAGAUUAUCGAACAUGCAAAAGCGAGUUACAAUAAUUUGGAAUCUUUGCUUAUACGUAUCGACAAGAAUCUGGAUGAUAAACAACAUUCUCUAAACACUGACGUCAUGUGCUUAGACACGAGAUCAGUGCUAAAGACAGAGGAUAAAUCAAGUUUGCUUAAUGAGACAAACCGUAAUAUUGUGUUAACACAUAUGGAGAAAGAAAUUCCACUAGAAUCUUAAUCUAGUUGUUUCUGCCUGUAUUUCACUCCCAGUUUCUUUUUUAUAAUAUGAUAUGAUAAUUUUGUAGACAGCUAGCAUACCUAAUAUUUUUAGAUUUUGUAAUGUUGUUAAUUUUUUAUCUUUAUAAACAGAUAUUUAUAAUAUACAAAAGGGAAAUGUAUUUGAUUAAAAUAUUAAGACAAAAAGGCAUUAUUUUGAAUUCAAAUAGCUGUAAACUACCUGUGAUAGAAAUAAUUUUUGAUUCAGGAAUAAGACACUCAAUAAGUUGUACAUUUCAUUUCUCUGACAAUCAGCAGAUAUAAAUAUUGGAUUGGCAAGAAAGUAAUUUCGGUUUUUUAGUGUGAAAUAAAACUCAAUUUUGCUAUACAAAAAAUGAACUUUAAUCACUUGUGGUGUGUGAUACAUUUAACCUUUUUGCAAUCUCUCACACAGUUAUAUGACGAUUCGAUUCAAUUAUGGCUUUCAUUUUGUCAUCAUCAACUUCAGAAGGUCGACCAGAACGUUGGUUAUCUUUAAGUGAAAAAUCUCCAGAACGAAAUUUUUUAAACCAAUUCUGACACGUACGUUCUGUUAAGCAAUCAACACCAUAAACAGAACGCAUAUGUCAGAAUUGGUUUAAAAAAUUUCGUUCUGGAGAUUUUUCACUUAAAGAUAACCAACGUUCUGGUCAACCUUCUGAAGUUGAUGAUGACAAAAUGAAAGCCAUAAUUGAAUCGAAUCGUCAUAUAACUGUGUGAGAGAUUGCAAAAAGAUUAAAUGUAUUACACACAACAAUUGAUUAAAGUUCAUUUUUUGUAUAGAAAAAAUUGAGUUUUAUUUCACAUUAAAAAACCGAAAUUACUUUCUUGCCAAUCCAAUAUAAUAUACAGCUCACUAUA